UUUCUUUUUGAUCUUUUUAUCCUUCAAUCUCCCUAAAAUACCCUCUCUUUUAACAACUCAUUAUCGCCGUCACUAUGGAUCCACACGCUCGCUAUCAGUCGCCCCUGACAUCGCGUUAUGCCUCACCCGAGAUGGCUGCCAAUUUCUCGGAUAACAAGCGCUUCAGCACUUGGCGCAAACUGUGGCUCAACUUGGCCAUUGCUGAGAAGGAGCUUGGCCUAGACAUUCCUGAUGGUGCUAUCAAGGAGAUGAAGGAGCAUCUUUAUGAUAUCGACUAUACAUUGGCGAUUGCUGAGGAGAAGAAGCGCCGUCAUGAUGUCAUGGCUCACGUCCACACUUUUGGAGUUGCCUGCCCCAAGGCCGCAGGAAUCAUUCAUUUGGGUGCUACUUCAUGCUACGUGACCGACAAUGGUGACCUUAUUAUCCUCCGCGAUGGCCUCGACAUCUUGUUGCCUAAGCUGGCACGUGUGAUCCAGCGACUGAGUGCAUUUGCUGAGCAAUACAAGGAUCUCCCUACUUUGGGCUUCACUCAUUACCAACCUGCUCAAUUGACCACGGUCGGUAAACGCGCGACCCUCUGGGUUCAGGAAUUACUUUGGGAUCUCCGCAACUUGACCCGUGCACGUGAGGACAUUGGAUUCCGUGGCGUCAAGGGAACCACAGGAACUCAAGGAUCGUUCUUGGCUCUCUUUGAAGGGAACCAUGAAAAAGUCGAGGCUUUGGAUCAGCGUGUGACAGAACUCUCAGGAUUUAAGGAGUACUACCCUGUGACUGGCCAGACUUACUCUCGCAAGAUUGAUGUGGAUCUGUUGAUGCCCAUGGCCUCCUUUGGUGCCACAGUCCACAAGAUCGCAACCGAUAUCCGUCUGUUGGCUAACUUGAAGGAAAUUGAGGAGCCCUUUGAGAAGGAUCAGAUUGGAAGCUCUGCUAUGGCUUACAAGAGAAACCCUAUGCGCUGUGAGCGCGCCUGCUCCCUGGCUCGUCACCUUCAAAUCUUGGUCCAGGAUGCCCUUGGAACCUCUAGCGUUCAAUGGCUUGAACGUACUCUCGAUGACAGCGCCAACCGUCGCAUCUGCUUACCUGAGGCAUUCUUGACUAUGGAUAUUCUUUUGACUUUGUUGCAAAACAUCUCGGAAGGCCUUGUUGUGUACCCCAAGGUCAUUGAGCGUCGCAUCAAUCAGGAAUUGCCCUUCAUGGCCACUGAAAACAUUAUUAUGGCCAUGGUCAAGAAGGGAGGCGAUCGUCAAGAAUGCCAUGAGCAUAUCCGUGUUCUUUCUCAUGAGGCUGGCGCUGUAGUGAAGCAACAAGGAGGUGAAAACGACUUGAUCCAGCGCAUUCGCAAAGACUCUUACUUUGAGCCCAUUUGGGGAGAACUCGAUGCCUUGAUGGACCCCUCCACCUUCAUUGGCCGUGCACCUCAACAGGUCGAACGCUUCUUGAAGGACUAUGUCCAGCCUGCCUUGAAGCCCUAUGAGGAGGUCUUGCGUCAGGAGAGCAAGGCUGAAUUGAGCGUUUAGAAGAUUCCUUUCGUCCCAUUCUUCCUCAUCAUCAUAACACAUUGUCAUUAUAGCCUCUUUAUCAUUCAUAUCGUCCGUCCACUUCGCAAUUUUUACUGAAAUUAUAUAUCUUCAUGGACCUCUGUGAACCAAACUAAGAGUUGAUGAUACUUACUACAGAUAAUACGUGCAGUGGACCUUGUAAUUUCAUGUUGAUCCACAAUGUCUUUUUUUUUAAAGAAAUUAUUAUGGUAUAU